UCCUUUCUUUUUUGUUUUUGUUUUCUUCCUUAUCGAUCAAUAUGGGAUUGCUUCCCUUGGCAAUCAUGAGUCCAACUGCCAUCAUUACAUAGAGGAGAAAUACUUCUCUCUCUCUCUCUCUCUCGCUCUCUCUCUCUCUCUCAGCACAUGCCCACCAGCCCACCACAUGGAUAAUAACACAAGCCGCGCCCAUAUUUAUAGCAACUUUCAUAUCCCACUCUCCUUCCAAUUCUCAUUCGUUCUUUCAUCCUAAUUCUCGUAGAACAAACAAGUCACACCCUAAGAAAAAUGGGUACAAACAGAGUAGACAAGUUCCCAUCUCCUCCUUUCUACCCUGCUAAGAGAAAGCAACGAUCAAAGAAACCUAAGGUUCAAGUUCUUGGACUUUCCAGCAGAAGAAGAUGCAAAGAAGAGGAUGAAGGCAAGGAUAUGGAACUAAAGAACUUAAAGCUGUAUUUGGAGAACCAAAGUAUUGUUGAAGAGAACGAGAAGCUGAGGAAGAAAGCCAAUCUUCUGCACCAAGAAAACUUGGCUUUAAUGUCAGAAUUUCGAAAGAAAUUCCCUCAUUUGGAUCGCUUCUCUUCCACUCUUUUUCUUUUACAUAAUAAACACUAAUGUUUAUGAGAGAUUUUUUUUCCUUAUUAAAAAAAAAAGACUAUCUUCAUCUCUUUUAAUUUCUUUCUUUUUUAUAUUUUCUUCUCCUUCUUCUUCUAAGUAAUAAUAUGUUAAUAAGAUGUAAUGGGUUUGUCUAGAAGUAGAUGUUGCUAUUAAUAUCAUGGUAAAUGAUGAUGAAAGUGAUGAAAUAUUGUAUACCAACUAAAUAUCAUUUAAUGAUUUUCUCUUUAUUUUAA